GUUUCUACACAGCAUGGCUUCUUCCAGCAGCUAUAGUGGGGACACUAGUCUUCAUAAUUGGCAUUUUUAUGAUGUUUCAUGACAUUCCAACACAGGAGAUCUGUUCCAGUGGUGACAAAUACAAGAUGUGCCCAAUUUGCAAAGUCUGCCCUUAUUGGAAUCUAUCUAGUGUCUGCCCCAUGUUUCAGGCUGGCCGUCUCUUUGACCAUGGUGGCACUGUUUUCUUCAGCAUCUUCAUGUCUCUGUGGGCAGUCACAUUUCUUGAGUACUGGAAACGAAUGAAUGCUACCCUGAUAUACCGCUGGGACUGUUCAGAUUUUGAGGACAUUGAGGAACGUCCACGACCCCAGUUUGCUGCUUUGGCUCCCAUGACAAUUAUAAACCCAAUUACUGGAGAGGAGGAGCCCUAUUUCCCAAAGCGGACUCGAUUCAACAGAAUCAUCACUGGAUCAAUGGUCAUCAUCAUUAUGAUUGCUGUGGUAAUAAUGUUCCUGAUUUCCGUUAUCCUUUACCGGGCCAUCAUUGCUGUAAUUGUCUCCAGGAGUGGGCACUUUCUACUUGUAUCUUCGGCUUCUCGUAUUGCUAGCCUGACAGGCUCAGUAGUGAAUCUCCUUUUCAUCCUUCUUCUCUCGAAAAUUUACACUGCACUGGCACUUUUUCUUACGAAGUGGGAAAUGCAUCGCACUCAGACUACAUUUGAAGAUGCCUUCACUUUUAAAGUUUUUAUCUUUGAGUUCAUCAAUUUCUAUUCAUCUCCCAUCUACAUUGCCUUCUUUAAGGGCAGGUUUGUUGGUUAUCCAGGCCACUAUAACAAAUUACUGGGCAUACGCAAUGAAGAUUGUGCUCCAGGUGGCUGCCUCAUUGAACUUGCUCAGGAACUUCUUGUCAUCAUGGUGGGAAAGCAAGUAAUUAACAACAUUCAAGAAAUCGUUAUCCCGAAGCUGAAAACAUGGAGGCAUAAGCGAAAUCUUUCUGAAAGCAAUAAGACAGGCCAAGACAACGUCAUGAAGCAAUUCUGGGAGAGCGAUUAUAAACUGCUGCCCUAUAGUGGGCUCUUCACUGAAUAUCUGGAAAUGGUUCUGCAAUUUGGCUUCAUUACUAUCUUUGUUGCUGCCUGCCCCCUGGCCCCUCUUUUUGCUUUACUUAACAAUUGGGUGGAAAUUCGUUUGGAUGCUCAGAAGUUUGUUUGUGAAUAUCGACGUCCAGUUGCAGAAAGGACCCAGGGCAUCGGCAUCUGGUUUCAUAUCCUGGAGGUCAUCACACACUUGGCAGUUAUUAGUAAUGCCUUCCUGAUUGCCUUCACUUCUGACUUUCUUCCUCGUCUCUAUUACCAGUACACUCGGGCUAGCAAUCUACAGGGCUACAUUGACUUCACCCUGGCCUAUGCCCCUAAAUCUUUUGACUUGAAGAACAAUGUCACAUGCAGGUACCAAGCCUAUAGAGAACAAAAUGGCAGGUAUUCAUUACCUUAUUGGAAUCUACUGGCAAUCCAACUUGGCUUCAUCAUUGUAUUUGAGCAUGUAGUUUUCUUCAUUGCACGUAUGAUUGAUAUGAUGGUACCUGACAUCCCAGAAGCAGUGGCAAUAAAAGUAAAGCGAGAACAGUAUCUUGCUAAACAAGCCCUGGCUGAGAAUAAGGCUCUCAUUGAAGUGAUAGAUGUUGUCAAUCCGACCCAGCCUGGGGAGAAGGUAUCAAAAUAAACCUCUGAAGGUCUGGAAGGAUGUGGCCGAGACCAGAUUAUCAAGCUUCUACACAAGAAUAACCUUCAUGGAGGAAGCAGUGUAAGCUGGCAUAGUAUGGACAUGGAGCUGUUAAUUAUGUAACAUAUUGCAGGUAUAGAAUGUGCCUCAAAUGUUUAAAGCCUCAGGAAUUUCAUCCAUAUUUACCAAAGCAAUGAUUUCAUGUUUCUUGGAGAAAAACAGCACCGAGAAAAUUACAAGACGUAACAUAAGAAUUUUCAAUCUGUGUCUCUCCUACAACAGAGGUUACUUCUAAAUAUAGUGAAAUUCAGCAAUUGACUACUACUAAGCUCAGCUGUUAUUUACAAUAAUAUAGGAAUCUCUGGGUUUUGAGGCAGUGCAUUUUCCAAAUAGUAGGAACCUGCAACAUUAGAACAGCUCAUACUGGUUUGCUUUCUUUAGUAAAAGAAAAGCAGAUUAGUGGAUAUAGCAGCAUGACCUCUUUAGCAUAUGACUCUAGUCAUAUGCUGAAGAUUACUGCCAUAUAUGAAGUCAAUUAUGAAAAGGAAACUUGCUUUCAGCUAACUAAGAGGGG